UUUAUAAAGAUGGCCGCUCGAGUGUUGAGGCGUGCGAUACAACAGCAGGUUUACCUGCAAAAAAUGUUAUCUAGCAAUAUACACUUGUGUCGUACAAAUGUGAGGCUGAUCAGUACAGCUAACAGACUUUUAUCAAACAAACUAUUUUCUGACAAACACGAGUGGGUAACAGUAGAUGAAAAUGUCGGGACUGUUGGAAUAUCUGACUAUGCUCAGGAAGCUUUAGGGGAAGUAGUUUAUGCACAGCUUCCUGAAGAAGGAACAGAGCUGGAGAAAGAUGAUGAGAUUGGAGUGUUGGAGAGUGUGAAGGCAGCCAGUGAGAUUUACACACCUGUAUCUGGUACUGUUGUCUCAAGUAAUAAAGCUGUGGAGGAGGAUCCCACCCUUGUCAACAAGUCCUGUUACGAUCAAGGGUGGCUGUUUAAACUGGAUUUAACAAACAGGUCAGAGCUAGAUGGUUUGAUGUCUGAAGAGGAUUAUAAAGUCUUCUUAAAAACACUAGAAUGAGUGUGACAAGUGACUGGUUUAGCUGUUGAUUUGCCUCCCACUGUGUAGCUAAGUCCUUCAGUGUUAUAUUUUACUGUUGUUGUUUUAUGCAGGACUUUAGUGGUGUAUGAAGGAAUGUAUGCACUCAAAUAAUUAUUAUUCGGUGUAAUUUCGACCUAAAGAGAAAGCAGAAAACAAUCACAUUAAAUAAAAUCUGUAUGAGUAAUAUAUAUGUUUGUAUAUAAGUACUGUUUGUGUGAUCUAGAUUUAAAUUGUUUAUAAUUUUCUUAUAGAUCUAAAACUGUUCAUCUUUUGAGCUGCAGCAUGUAUGCGGCCAGGUAGUCUGCUUCAAACUGUCAUUGGUGUUUGAAUAUCUUCACAAUGUCAACCUUGUAUUUAGAAAGAAAUCUUGUUAACAAGGGCCCUGUAUCUGUUUCUAGGUGUGUCUGCUUAUUUUUGUAGGGAAAAGGUAACAAGUUUGAGAAUUUUUGUAAAUUAUUUUAUCAAAAAAGUGCUAUUAAAAAAAUUAAUGCUAUCACAUGUUGAUAUUUCAUGAUUAUGCAGAUAGUUCUUUUCCCAAUAUAAUUGGGUGCUUGUUUUAAAAACAAAUAAAAAUAUUUUAAAAAACCCAUAUUAAGAUGUGACUUUUAAUAAAAGAAUAUACAUGUUUAUGUCUGAAUCAACAUAAACUAUGCCAAGAUGUGAAAAAUGAUAUACGUUUUGUAUGGGCAUUAUUGAAAAAUGCUCAGGAAGUAAAUCUGAUUGUAUAUUGGUACAGUUAUAAGAAUCUCAGGAAAUAGACUAUAUAAUAUAUAUACAGUAUCUAUACACUGAAUCUCUACCAAAGAUGAUUGACAGGUCAAAACUCAAAACAAUUUACAGUUGUUAUAACCUCAGGUCAUACAUGCAUAUAUAGCUGAUGAUACAGUACAUAUAGCUGAUGAUACAGUACAUAUAGCUGAUGACACAGUACAUAUAGCUGAUGACACAGUACAUAUAGCUGAUGAUACAGUAUAUAUAGCUGAUGAUACAGUACAUAUAGCUGAUGACACAGUACAUAUAGCUGAUGAUACAGUAUAUAUAGCUGAUGACACAGUACAUAUAGCUGAUGAUACAGUAUAUAAAGCUGAUGAUACAGUACAUAUAGCUGAUGAUACAGUAUAUAUAGCUGAUGUUACAGUACAUAUAGCUAAUGAUACAGUACAUAUAGCUGAUGAUACAGUAUAUAUAGCUGAUGAUACAGUACAUAUAGCUGAUGACACAGUAUAUAUAGCUGAUGAUACAGUACAUAUAGCUGAUGAUACAGUAUAUAUAAUUUCCCUCCAUAUGUAAGACUGCAUGCUGCAUUCUCAUGAUAUAGGGUAUUAUGAUAAAACCUGUUUCAGAAGUUUAAUUCAAACUAGAUAAACAAAAGUCACCCAUGAUUUUGUAAUGUAAAUGAUGUUCCUUUACCUUUAGACUUGUUUCAUUGUUCUUCUUUGUUAAAUAACAACAGAUGUGCUGUCUGAUAACACAUUUCAAGUGUCAGACAAUGUCUGUCAUAUCAUGAUCUGUUAAAGAUUUUUAUGAUCAAAGUAUGAUCACUUUUCAACCUUCGCCCAAAGAAGUUAUACAACACAAUAUAUGCCUUCACAAAAGUCACAGAUGUUGAUAUUGGUAGAUUUUUUUUGAAGAUCGAAGACCAUCCCUAUACUGACUUACAAUUUAUAUAUGUUGAAAUUAGACAACAAUAAUGAUACAAUAAACAACUAGAAGCUUUUGAGUUGUCACAAUAAUUAGAAGCUUUAAAGAUAUAGAUCAGGAUGAUUGAUCCUAAUCAACUAGAAGCUUUGAGUGGUCAGAAUAAUUAGAAGCUGUAAAGAUAUAGAUCAGGAUAUCCCCACCUUCGGAAUCCAAGUAUCACACUAAAUAAUUAUCCCUUGUUUAUUGUAUGUGAAUGCUACCCCCGGAAUUUCUGCGAUGGACUGUCUUGUUGAUACAUAUGCAAUUUCAGCAUGAAUAGCCCUGAUUUGUCCUUUUGAAAUGAGUAGAAGAUAUGAAAAUAAGGGUUAUUAAGUUAUCAUUAUCACAAAUGAUUUUAUUCUGUUAUUUAAGAAGUUUGCAUGCUAUAGUAUAAAGCAUUUGUGGUUUAGUAUUUUGAGGAAUAGAGUAAUCUCUAGACUAUUUUGUUGAUCAUUAAAAUUGUGGUUACAAAUGAUGUAUGAGUGAAAAGUACUUUGUGUCCUAAUUGUCCAUUAUGUCUUUCAGAGAUUACAUAUAAUAAACCUUAUUUGCAUACAUAGA